GGAGAUCCUCACUUGAGCCUGUCAGUUUCGCUUGCAAUGGAGGCAUCUUCCUAUGUUCUGCAGUAGCAUUGCCCUUCUAGGUUCUUGGCGUGUGCAAAAGUGCCAUGAUUAUUCUAUCUUCGCAUGCUAUGGAACUAUCUCAUGACCUAGUCCAUUCUUCUGUACUUCUUUAGGAAUUUCAUGAAUGGGAGGCUCCUUGCACUUUGUUUUGCAUGGAAGCAUGGUAUAUUUCACAGUUGCUUGAAUGCAUACUUUGAAGAAGUGGAAGCAUCUUUUGUUGUUGCACAAGAUGCACCGCGCUGCUGCUCAAUUCUGAGCACGGAAGACAUUGCGACACAUCGUGCCUCCGUUGCAGUUUAUUUCCCUCAUUUGUGCCAAUGGCGUCUUUGGUCCGUCAUGAUUCGAAUUCCACGCAGUACUCAUGGUGGUGGGUUAGCCACAUCAGUCCCAAAAAUUCCAAAUGGCUUCAGGAGAAUCUUACAGACAUGGAUGUGAUGGUCAAAGCAAUGAUCAAACUUAUCAAUGAAGACGCUGAUUCUUUUGCAAGAAGAGCAGAAAUGUACUAUAAGAAACGCCCUGAGCUUAUGAAUCUCGUAGAGGAGUUCUACAGAGCAUACCGUGCUUUAGCAGAAAGGUAUGAUCAGGCCACUGGUGCACUGCGGCAGGCCCACCGGACAAUCUCAGAGGCAUUUCCAAAUCAGAUGCCAUCAAUGUCUGAGGACUCUCCAUCCUCUGGCCUGGAUGUGGAACCACGUACACCGGAAAUGCCAAUGCAUGCCCGUGCACCAUUUGAUCUGGAUGAUCUGCUCAAGGAUGCAGCUGGUGUAUCGGCACACCCUUUUACGGUCAACAGGAAUGGUACACAGCCUGAUGACAUGGGUUUUUCGUCUAGCCGCAAAGGUCUUAAGCAGUUCAGUGAUUUGUUUGCAAGCAGUGACGGUAAUCACCGAGUCAAUUUUUCUGAUGGAAAAGUAAGGAAAGGUCUCAAUUUUGAAAGCCCAGAUGCUAAAGGCAAGACAGAUGAGAGUAAUGAUAUCAUGAAUUUGCAACAUGAAGUUUCCAAAUUGUUAACAGAGAGCCAAAGUCUGAAACAACAAAUCUCAUCAGAGUCUCAGCGGGCGAACAAGGCUGAGAGUGAAAUCCAUAGCCUCAAGGACACCAUUUCAUGUUUGAUGUCUGAGAAAGACACAACCUUUAUGCAGUACAAUGAAUCUACCAGAAGAUUGUCAGUUUUAGAAUGCGAGCUCUCCAAGGCACAGAUGGAACUCAAGAAACUCUCAUCAGAGUCUCAGCGGGCGAACAAGGCUGAGAGUGAAAUCCAUAUCCUUAAGGACACCAUUUCAAGUUUGAUGUCUGAGAAAGACACAACCUUUAUGCAAUACAAUGAAUCUACCAGAAGAUUGUCAGAUUUAGAACGCGAGCUCUCCAAGGCACAGAUGGAACUCAAGAAACUCUCAUCAGAGUCUCAGCGGGCGAACAAGGCUGAGAGUGAAAUCCAUAUCCUUAAGGACACCAUUUCAAGUUUGAUGUCUGAGAAAGACACAACCUUUAUGCAAUACAAUGAAUCUACCAGAAGAUUGUCAGAUUUAGAACGCGAGCUCUCCAAGGCACAGAUGGAACUCAAGAAACUCUCAUCAGAGUCUCAGCGAGCAAACAAGGCUGAGAGUGAAAUCCAUAGCCUUAAGGACACCAUUUCAAGUUUGAUGUCUGAGAAAGACACAGCCUUUCUUCGAUACAAUGAAUCUACCAGAAGAUUGUCAGAUUUAGAACGUGAACUCUCCAAGGCACAGAUGGAACUCAAGAAACUCUCAUCUGAAUCUCAGCGGGCAAACAAGGCCGAGAGUGAAAUCCAUAGCCUUAAGGACACCAUUUCGUGUUUAAUUUCUGAGAAAGACACAACCCUUCUGCAAUAUAAUGAAUCCACCAGAAGACUGUCAGUUUUAGAGUGCGAGCUCUCUAAGGCACAUAUGGAGCUCAAGAAACUGUCAGAUCAUAUGGCUAUGGAAGUUGACAAGCUAAAAUGUGCUGAAUCACAGAACAGUGCAAUGCAGUCUGAGCUUGAAACUCUUGAUCAGAAGGUCAGGGUUCAGGAACAAGAACUUGAGCAAAGUAGAAAGGAGAUAGAAAGCUUUCACUUAAAUCUACAAGAUAAAGUGGCCAAGCAGAAACAAGCUGAAGAUGCUCUAUGCUCCUUAGAGAAGCAGUACAGCCAAUCGCAGAAAGAAGUAAAUAGGUUGACUCUUGAUAUGGAGAUGGCAAAUGAUAGAUUGAAUGACUUUAAUCUGAUGAAGCUCAAUCUGGAGAAUACAGUCUGUGAGCUGAAGAAGGAAGUCAUGAGCCUAGAACUGAAGAUACAAAUACUGGUGCAAGAACUUGAACAGAAGAGAGAAGAGGCUGAUGCCAUGCAUGCUCAGUUGCAAGAUGAACGCUCCAAUCACAUGCAAAAGGAAGCAGCUCUUCGUGCAUUGGAGAACUUAGUUUCCCAGUCUCAAGAAGAGGCUAAAAGGAUGGCACAAGACCUUGAGCACUCAAACAAGAAGUUGAAUGACCUGGAAAAUAAUAACCUGAAAUUGCAUGACCUGUCUCAAGGACUCAAGAAGACGGUUUUAGAGCUGAAUUCUAAGAAAGAUUCUGCACUUCUUCAACAGCAGAAGUCCUCGGAGAAGGUAUCUUAUUUGGAAGCACAAAUUUUAGUAGUGCGGUCAGAAAUGGAGAAGAUUGUACAGAAAGCUCAGAUACUAGAUCAGGAACUUGAAUACAAGAACAAAGAGGUCACUGAACUCCAAAGUAGUUUGCAGGAGCAAGUCCAGAAGUGUAUUCUUGCUGAAACAUCUCUCCUCAGAUUGGAGGACCUUCAUACGAAGUCACAGGAAGAAGCUAAGAAACUAGCACAUAAUCUUGAAAGUUUAAGCAAGCAGCUUACUGAGGUUGAAAAUGAUAAGCUGGAUCUGCAGAACAUUUCGCGAGAACUUGAGAAUACUAUCUCAGAGAUGAAUUCUGAGAAUAAUUUGCUGCUACUUCAACAGCAGCAGUCCUUGGAGAGAGUGUCUUACUUAGAGGCUCAACUUUUAGAUGUGCUGUCAGACCUGGAGAAAAACAAGCAGAAAGUCCAAUCGCUGGAAGAAAACCUCACACAUAAGAGUGAGGAGUUGAGUGGCCUUCAAAAUAAUUUAGAAGAUGAAGGCCAUAAACGAAUGCAUGCUGAAUCAGCCCUUAGAAUGGUGGAAAAUAUGCAUGCCAAAUCCCAGGAAGAAGUGGCUAAGCUAGUUAUUGAUCUUGGUAAGUUAGAAAACGAGUUAAGUGAAUUGUGGGGCAGAAAUUCAAGCAUGGAAGAACUAUCAUGUGAGCUUCAGAACACCAUCUCCCUUCUGAAUUCUGAGAAAGAUGCAGCACUUCUUCAACAGCAGCUGUCCUCUGAAAGAGCAUGUGAUCUGAUGUCACAACUCUCAAAGAUGCAGUUGGAGCUGGAGAAGGCUGAGCAGAAGAUGCAGAUGACGGAGCAAGAACUUGCAGAUAAGAGUGGAAUGGUGGAUUCUCUGCAGUUGAGUUUGCAAGAUGAGGGCGAGAAACGUGUGCAAGCUGAGACAGCUCUCAUUUCAUCAGGGAACUUGUACUCUCAAUCACAGGAACAUGUGAAUAGGUUAACCCUGGAGAUUGACAUGUUGAAUGUAAAAUUGAAUGAGAUGGAGAACACGUCUUCUGAGUAUAAGAACACCAUCUUGCUUCUGAAUUCCGAGAAAGACAUGAGUCUUAUUCAGUGCAAGCAGUCCUUGCUAAAAAUAUCUGAGCUGGAGUCUAAACUCUCAGGGAUGCAGGCUGAACUAGAUAAUGCUGAACAGAAAGUGCAAAUGCUGGAUAAAGAACUCAACCAGAAGAGAGAAGUGAUAGACAGUAUGCAGACUAGCCUGCAAGAUGAAGCCCAGAAGCGUAUUAAGGGUGAAGCAGCUCUUCUCACGAUGACUAAUCUGCAUUCUCAGUCUCAGGAAGAAGUUAGAAGGUUGAUUUUGGAGAUUGAGACACUACAUGGCAAAUUGAAUGAGAUAGAGAACAGUAAUGGGGACCUCAUGAACAUGGUAUGCAAGCAUUCUGAGGAGAUACAUAUGCUUAGUGAGCAAAAUAUUUCUUCUGAGUUAACUAUUAGAGGUCUUCAUGAUCAACUGGAGAUGUUUAAGGAAAUGAACAUAGGUCUUCAGAAUGAAGUGGGGAUCCACAUUGGCGAGAUGGAAAUCCUUCAACAAGACUUGUCCCGUCAGAAAGAAGAUAAGGUUAUUCUGGAGAAGCAAAUCUGUUCUUUGGAACAUGAGAUGAAGGCAGUAAGCAUAAGGUUCGCAACCCAACAGCAUUUAGUUGAGGAAUUGCAGAAUAAGAAUAUCGAAUUGAAGGAGGUAUGCAACACACAUGAUGUAAAAAAGACACUCCUCUUAGAGAAACUUCGCAGCAUGGAGGAGCUAUCAGAAGAGCAUUCAAUCUUGAAGAAAUCAUUUUCAAAUUUAAUUGUUGAAAUGGAAGACCUGAAGGAAAGUGUAAAAGAACUAGAAGCUUCCAAAAGCUCUCUGGAAUAUGAUGUUUCGUUGCAUGCUGCCGAGAAGGAUGCUCUAGUGUUAGAACUAGAUGCCCUAGGUAAAACAUACUCUGAUAGUUUGGAUGAAAAAUCCAUUCUGGAAGCCUCAUUGUCUAAUGUGAAUUCUGAGCUUAAAGAAUUGAUAUUAAAGUACAAAGAUUCAGAAGAGUCCUCCUGGUCUUAUCUUGCUGCUAACACUGCUCUUGUUGCUGAAAAGCACAAACUACUCUCCCAGCUGGAAAGCACCACACUGUCUUUGAAAUUCCUGGAGGAUAAGCAUUCUGAUCUGGGAGACAGUCAUGCAUCUUUGUUAUCAGAGAGGGAUCUUUUAUGCAACCAAGUAAAGAAUAUGCAAGAUCAGUUGGAAAUUAAAAAUGAACAACAUGAAGCUCUGCUCAAGUUGCACCAAAUGCAGGUAAAUGAUUACGAAGAGAUGGCUUCUUCUCUGCAAGAGAAAAUUUGUCAUAUGGAUCAGAGACUUGAACAUGAGCAGCAUAAAUGUGCAGAUGCUUCAAUCAGCACAUUGAUCUUGAAGCAUAGUUUGGCUGAUGCAAGAGAUAAAAAUCUUGCUCUCUUCAAUGAAUGCCAGAAGUUCAUAAAGGCCACUAAUUCUGCCGAGGCACUAAUUGCACGGCUUAAUGAGGAAGCCAGACAAGAAGAAGAGGACAAGAAAGCAUUGCUGCAGCGCUAUGAAAAAUUAAGGGAUGGGAUCUCAGAGCAAAUUAACAUUCUCAAUAUCUGUAAGGAUUUAGGACCUCCUGAUGUGGUUCACGAUGAAAUUAUGCUGCAGACUAUGUCUCGUGAAACUUUCAACCAUGUAAAACAUAUAGAGGAAACUGAAGAGAGAAAUGUCUUUAUGGAUGCUGAGCUAUCUGUUCUUGGAACAAUUCUGGCACAAACAGUGAUUGGUUUCAAAGCUCUGCACCUGCAGAACUGUGAACUUGUGGAAGAAAUUGAGACAGGAGCAGCAGAAUUGCUUUUUCUGCAAAAGAAAAAUCACAAGCUUAUUGAAUUGAAUGAGCAGUUGAAGCAAAAAUUGCAGCAAGGUGACAAUAGAGAGGAGAUGUUGAAGAUUGAAAUACUGGGUUUAUGCAAGGAGCUAUCAGGCUUGAGAGAGUCCUACCAGACUUCUCAAAAUGAAAUUUGCAACCUAACUGAGAAAUAUGAGUCCUUGCUGCAGGAGUACAAAUUUUUAGUUGAGAAGUACAAUGCUUUGGAUGAUGAGAAUGCUGCUGUUCUCGCAGAAUGCAUAAAGCUCGACCUCCUGUCUUCAUUCUUUCGUGAUCGGACUGAUGAGGCUGCAUCUGUUUUGGUUUCUCUUAACAAUGAUAUGACUAUAUUGGGUUCACGUAGGAAUGAACUUGAUCGUGAGGUUACCAUGCUCAACAGAAGAUAUAAGGUUCUUGAAAUGAACUUUAAGCACCUCAAGUGCACUCUGGAGAACUUGUUGGAGGCUCUAGGAAGUCGCUUAGUUCUUUCAGAGUUUGAUUCUAGCACAACCAAAAUCAUCUGCCAGGAAUUAGCCAUUGAAGGUAAGAGUGCCAUGACACAGUUGAUGCAGAAGGAUGAUAAACUACGCAAAAUAGAUGAGAAAGUUCAAUUCUUACAAGAGACAAACCAGGAAUUGUGCAGAGUUCUGAGGGAUCUUGAGGCUGCUGUGGGAGAUGCGGAAGGAGUAAAAGGAGACCUUGAGAGGAAAAUCACAACACUAACUGAACAAUGUGCUGUCCAGGACAAUGAGAUUCGUCUUCUUUGUGAAGCAAACACCACAUUACAGGUAGAUGUCGGCAUUCAUAAACAGAAGGAAGAGAGUUUGACAUCUACACUUCAGACAAUGAGAAAAGAGGCUGAACUGCAUGAAAGGGAAAUUAACUUGCUGGUGUGCGAUACAAUAACUUGUUCAGUGAAUGCCAUGAUCUAUGAGGAGCAAGUACUUGAGGUGCUGAUGGAGCGUGAGGCCCUUGAGACAAGAUUUUGUACUAAAAGGGACAUGCUAAUGAAGGAAAUCUCCUCAAGAGAUGCUUAUGUUGAUGACUUGCAAAAAAGGGUCGCCAGCAUGACAGACGAAAACACAGGACUCAAGGCGGAAUUGACCACGUAUCUGCGACUUUUAGCAUCUUUAUCUGAUCAGAUAAGGGUGCUGGAAGAGCUGGAAGAUGGCACACUUUUACUGUCAGAACUUAAUAAAGAAGGCAAAUUGGAAUUUGUGCAAAAGGACAGACAUGGUCUAGAAUCCCAAGACGAUUCAUCAGGAGCUUUGAAGUUGCACAGCUUAAUUGCAAGAGUUGAAGCACUCCAAGUUGUAAUACUGGAUGCCAAAGGCCGCCGAGAUAAGGAGUUUACUGAAUCUGCUUCUCAACUGGAAGCAGCAAAUAUAGAAAUUCAAGAGCUUAAAACAAGAAAAGGCUUGAACACUAAGGAACAAUACACCGAGGAUGAUAGGCAAAAAUAUGAUGCUGAUGACUCCAAAGGUAAACAUGUACAGAUCAUGAAAGACAUUGAACUUGAUCAGGUAUCUACUUGUUCACUAUAUGGAGCUGGUGCGACUAUCUACCCUCUUGGUGGCGAUGCAAAUGUGGAGCUUAAUGAUGAGAUGCUUCAACUGUGGGAGGCUGCUGAGAGGGAUUGCAGGAACCAAACAGCUAAAUCUUCAUCAUCGGAGCAUGACAUACAAGCAGUGGAGGAGGUGAAGAGUGAGUACCCUUCGUUUGAACUCGCAAGGGGAAGAGAUCUAGGAAUUGACAGGCUUGAGAUAUCAGCAGCAUCGCUGGAACCUCAGCAAUUAUGGAGCAAAAAUGUUCUUGAGAAGCUAUCUUCUGAUGCUCAGAGGCUGUCCAUCGUCCAAGCAAGCAUUGAGGAAAUAAAGCAGAAAAUAGUGGGUGCUUCCAAGGGAAAAUCUACCAUAAGUACUGAAUACAAUAGCAUCAGAGCUCAGCUGCAGGAGCUUGAUGGUUUUGUCCUGGAGCAGAUAGAUUUCAACAGUAACUUGACAAAGAAGGCUGAGAAUUACCCUGCAUUUGAGGUGAGUGCUGAACUAGAAGGCUAUUCUAGCAGAAGAAAAAUCUCAGAGCAAGUGCAGAAAGGAUCGGAAAAGGUUGCGAAGUUGGAAUUGGAACUUCAGAAGAUGCAAUAUGUCUUGUUGAAGCUUGAAGAGGAGCAUGAGUACAAAAGGGCUAAAGUCCCUGAGAAACGUUCGCGUGUUCUUUUGAGGGAUUAUAUGUCUGGAAGGAAGGAGAAAAGUGAUGCCGGGCAGAAGAAAAAGAAGAGGAUACCCUUCUGUGGGUGUGUGCGUAUUAAAUCAAGAACUGAGCCUUAACCAUUUUGUUCUAUAGGUAGCAGGAGGAUAAACUCUAAAUCUCAGCCCAAUAGGCUGACAUAUUACUACUGCUUUGGACAGAACGUGAUGUUCUUAGGAUCUCUUCUGAAAUGUGUUUACAUUAUGAUAUUAACAAGAAGCUAGUACACUCGAAUUUCGCCUUAUUUCCUGAAAUGAGGCAGCAAUGUCUAGUUUAAUAUGUUAAUGUUAGUAGUUGUUAUUAAUUGAUGCA